GAGAAAAAGUGGGUGUGAGAGGGAGAGUAUGUGUGUGUGUGGAAGGGUACGUGUGACAGGAUGUGAGUGUGUAAGAGAAUGAGAGACCAGAUCACCUCACACUUAGAAUGUCACCAAUCCCUGUUGUGUUUCGUUUCCCAGUUUCACAAUGGAAGUCACUGACGUUCUGUCUGUUGCUGACAUUUCCACCGCAUUAAAGGAAUGCCAAGCCAACAACUCCUUCAACUGCAAGAAAUUCUUUAUGACUUGUGGCCUGUCUAAAAAAUCUACCGAAGAGAUCAAGAAAGUUUUCCGAGCCAUUGACGAUGACGACAGCGGGUUCAUCGAAGAAGACGAAUUAAAGUUCUUCCUGCAAAGAUUCUCUGCUGGGGCCAGAGUCUUGAGUGACAAUGAAACCAGGUCAUUCAUGGACAUAGGAGAUAAAGACGGUGAUGGGAAACUCGGUGCUGAUGAAUUUGUCCACCUGGUACUCUCGUAGGACAGCGUUACCUCCAUCUGCUUUUGAGUUCAAGGGUACAUUAAAAACAAGGCUCAUGUUUGUAUGGCAUGAUUGCAGCAUAAAUGACAUAUUUCUGUUGUAAUGAAUGGAUUGUAGGAGCACUUCAGGCAUUCGGAUGUAGCCCGGUGUCUUUGUAAUGUGUGGCAUGACCUGCUCUGUAAAUGUAAUGUCUUUGGAAGAU